AUGUCGGAAUUCUCGCCUGUCAUCGUCAUUGACGGAAAGGGUCACUUGCUUGGUCGCCUGGCCAGCACUGUCGCCAAGCAGCUCCUGAACGGCCAGAAGAUCGUUGUUGUCCGCUGCGAGGCCCUCAACAUCUCUGGAGAGUUCUUCCGCGCUAAGCUGAAGUACCAGGCUUUCCUGCGCAAGCAGACGCGUUACAACGCUUCCCGUGGUGGUCCCUGGCACUACCGCGCUCCCUCCAAGAUGUUCUGGCGCACCGUCCGUGGUAUGAUCCCUCACAAGACUGCCCGUGGUGCCGCUGCUCUGGAGCGCCUGAAGACCUUCGAUGGUGUUCCUCCUCCUUACGACCACAAGAAGCGCAUGGUCGUUCCCCAGGCCCUCCGUGUCCUCCGCCUCAAGCCCGGCCGCAAGUACUGCACCGUCGGCAGACUCGGCCACGAGUUCGGCUGGAAGUACCAGGAUGUUGUUGCCAGACUCGAGGAGCGCAGAAAGGUCAAGGGUGCCGCCUACUACGAGCGCAAGAAGGCCGCUCGCCGUUCGCUCGCCGAGGCCCAGAAGAGCGCCAAGGUCGACGAGAAGGCUCCAGCAAUCUAUCAUGUAACCGCAAACAAGAAGAUCCUGAGAAGAAACUAUCAGGAAUUCGCAGAUCGUGCCAGAGGUCUUGCAUACUACCUCAGACGCCACAAGUACAAGCGAGUAGGCAUCCUUUGCCCCAAUACACCAGCAUUCCUGGAAGCCAUCUUUGGUAUCGCAGCUGCGGGAGCAGUCAACGUUGGCGUCAAUUAUCGGUUGCAAUCGGUGGAUAUCACUUACAUCUUCGAACAUGCUGAAGUAGACAGCAUCAUCGUUGACGCUGAAUUUGCUCCUCUCCUGGCCGAUUUUAGAGCAGCGCAUCCUGAGGUCAAGAUUAUUGUCGACACCGAUACAGAUGCAACAGAAGGACAACUAUCUGGUCCCUUUGAUGAGGCAGUCCUCGAAGGUUUGAAAUACGACAUCGAGACUGGUUCCAAAGGUUGGGCAGAUCUCGAGCAUACCACUGCCGAUGAGAACUCUCUGAUUGCUUUGGCCUACACCUCGGGAACUACUGCACGGCCGAAGGGAGUAAUGUUCACACACAAAGGCGCCUAUUUAGCAGCUCUCGCGAAUGUUAUCGAAUCCGGUCUCAACUACCAUGGAUCGCAACGCGCGCACUAUCUCUGGACGUUGCCGUUGUUCCAUGCCAUGGGUUGGACUUUUCCUUGGUCCGUCACGGCUGUUCGUGGCACUCACUACUGCCUGAGAAAGAUUGACUAUCCGGAAAUCUGGCGUCUCCUGAAGGAGGAGGGCAUCACUCACAUGAAUUCAGCUCCAACCGUGAACACACUUCUGUGCAACGAACCGGGGGCUGAGCGACUAGAAAAUCCCGUCAGAGUGACAGUUGCGGCGAGUCCACCAUCGGCUCAUCUCUUCAAGACGAUGGAGAAUCUCAAUCUGCAACCAGUCCACGUCUACGGCUUAACAGAGACCUACGGCCCCAUAACAAAGGGCUAUCACAUGCAGGCCUGGAGCUCGCUCCCAGGAGACGAAAAAUACGCCAAGAUGGCUCGUCAAGGUCAUGGUUUCGUUACUUCUAUGCCUGCCCGCGUGAUCAAGACAGACGUUCCAGACGACCACAUUGAAGACGUCGAGAAGAAUGGCAAAGACAUUGGUGAAAUUGUCUUCUAUGGAAACAUCUGCGCGAAAGGGUAUUACAAGGACGAAGAGGCCACCAGGAAAUUGUUUGCUGGAGGAGUUUUGCACACUGGUGAUCUCGCUGUCAUGCACGAAGACGGUGCUAUACAGAUUCUUGACCGAGCCAAGGACAUCAUCAUCUCAGGAGGAGAAAACAUCUCCAGUGUUGCUCUAGAGUCCAUGUUGGUCACUCAUCCAGAGAUCCUCGAAGCAGCCUGCGUAGCAGUCCCUGAUAGUCAUUGGGGUGAGCGUCCUCAUGCUUUUAUUACCUGCAAGAAAGAAGGUCUCAGAGGCGAGGAAGUGAUCGAGUGGGCCAGGAACCAGAGCAGCAUCAGUCGUUUCAUGGUUCCCAGAGAAGUCACUAUAGUUGCCGAGCUGCCAAAGACGAGCACUGGCAAAUUAAAGAAGAACGAACUGCGAGAAUGGGCCAAGAAGGGCGAGAAGGGGUUGUAA